UAUGGCCAUUAAUGUUAUUGGUAGCUUUUUACUUUCAACUAGAUAUCAUUAUGAAUACUGAAAUAAUUUACUAAUUUUAUUGUGUUCAAUCACAUAAUAUUAUGACAGUUGCCCAGUUGCUACAUAAACAUGCGCACUACUUCGUCUUUCUACUAACAGGUUGCUAUCUGGAUUAUGUCUAUCGAUUUUAGGUUUAUUCGUGAAAAAGUAAUAUAAUUUAUUUUUAAUUAUACCGUUUAGGUCAUAUGUGAGUGUACAUAACGGUGUAAUUCCUCCUACAGUUUGUUUUUUAUUGUAAUUUUGUUGCUUGAACUUACAACUUCUAUAGAACAGUGUACCGUAUACGUGAAGCUAUCUUGUAUGAUGCUAUUAGCUUGAAUGGUGGUUCUGGAUGGGAAUCAGCUAUUAUUCAUUUACAAUUUAUUGCAUUCUAGUUUAGCACAAAUGCGCCAGAUUUAGUGAUCUUCAAUAAUAUUUCAACGCUAUGAGGAAUAUAUGGAUCUAAAGGAUGCUAUCGGGACCAGGAGAUUUACGUUUAGAAGUUUUUUUAGCAUGCUGUCAAGUCCUAUUGUUACACUGGCCUAUCAAGGAUGGGGUGUCUGACAUCGACGCUAAUUAUCACAGGUGGUCAUCAGAAUUGAAAUUUCUUCUCGACUUUGAGAGUGUAUGAAAUGAUUGACUGAGAAUGGAGGAGAAGGUUAGUGAGAUGUUUUCGAGUAUGCCAGUUGCGGAAUCAACGUGGAUGCACUGUCAGCCCGAUUCAAUGUCUCGAUUUGACUCGAGGGUGACAUAGAUGCAUAGAUGUUCAUCAACUCAUUCAUGUUAUGAGGUGGGAGCUGUGUGUGGUAGAACAGCCUCCGUUCCUUGCUCCAACCAUGACUUAGUUGCAGUUGAGAAUGGGGCAGCCGAUGCCUUAUCAGGUCGAAGGAGCUUUUUCUACUCGUGGCUUCGAUGUUUUGAACCGUUCUUGACGUCAAGGGCUGUUGGCUCCUCAACGCUUCCCCCCAACUGCUCACAAUGGGCAGUGCCUCGUCCAAGUUCAAAAAGUACAUUCAACAUGGAGAUGAAUUCGCUGCUAUGCAAAUUUAUCAAAGUUCACCGGAAUUAAGAAAAAGUUUAGACCCAAAUUUGAGUUAUGGUGAAAACCAUCAUCAUAAUACAGCCCUUCACUAUGCUGCCAAGCACGGAAUGAAACAUUUAUUAAGGACUUUCCUGAACGACCAUGGAGGCAACCCGAACAAGAAAAAUGGCAAGAAUGAGAGCGUUUUACACGCAGCGUGCCAAGUGGGCGCGCGGAAGACAUUUUCGUCGCAGGAGCGGCGAGCGGCGUGUGUGGCUUUGUUGCUGCAAUGGCGCGGAUGCCAGCUCAGCACCGGAGAGCGGGAGAAGGUUCAAGUCGACGCACAGGAUUCGAAUGGUAACAGUGCGCUGCAUGCAGCUGCUUGCUCUGGACUGCAGCGCUGCGUAGAAUUACUGCUAGCAGCUGGGGCUCCACUGUUUCUCGAGAAUAAUGACAAAAUGACACCCUGCGACACUGCUGUCAAAGCUGAAAAUCAUGCUAUUGCUCGUCUCUUAGAGUCGAAAAUGGUUUUUGCCGAUGAUAGUAGCAGCGAUACUGUCAAUGAAGUGGAACUUUAUGGCUGCAAUGAGAGUAGUGAUGAGGUGUACAGUGGAUUGAGGACACAGGACCUGCAAGAAGCCAAAGACCAACUUCUUGUCGAGACAUCUGACAUGCUCAAUAUCCCAUUGUUCACUGCUGAAGCUCUGCUAAGAGAUAACGAAUGGUCCCGAGAAUGCCUGCUAGAAAAAUGGAUCCGUGAUGCAGUGAAGUGCUGCCAAGUAGCCGGUGUCAAACCGCCACCGUCAGCCUACCAGACAAAUGCGUUGACUCCGGUCUACCAGACGGCGACCGCAACCGCAGACGACCGCGAGACCGUCUCCACCUCUUGUGGAGGUCUCUAUCCGGACGACCGAUUCCAAGACAAAGCCGAGGAAGUGAUAGAGGAAGAUGAUGAACUUCAACCAAAAGACGAGCAAAUGAGAGGUAGUCAUGAAGAAGAGGAGAUGGGUGAUUUUAUAGUGUGCGAAAUCUGCUAUUCUGAGAUUGCGAAAGAAGACUGGCCUUCAAUUUCAAUGACAUGCGAUCACCAGUUCUGCUCAAACUGUUGGGAAUCGUACUUGACUGGCAAAAUACAGGAAGGAGGAGAACAUAGAAUCUUAUGUCCCGCACACCACUGUCAUAUAUUGGUUCCUUCUGAACUUAUAGAGCGUUUGGUACCUCCAAAUAUUGCUCGGAGGUAUCUCCAAUUCGACAUUAAAGCUUUCGUGGAGACAAAUCGUAGCAUAAAAUGGUGUCCUAUGGCUGGCUGUGGAAGAGCAGUUAGACUUCCGGAAACUGAGCACAACCGAGCCACUGAAAUGCGCACGUCUCAUGCAGUUGACUGCGGCAAUGGGCACUUCUUUUGCUGGGAGUGCUUGGGCGAAGCUCACGCUCCAUGUGCUUGCUCCGAGUGGCAGAAAUGGCUUGGAAAAAUCUCGGAGGUGCGACCAGAAGAACUAUCCGCCUCUUCGAGAUCGGAACAUGAGGAUGCAGCCAACUGCCUGUGGCUCGUCACCAACUCCAAGCCUUGUCCCAACUGCCAGUCCCCCAUACAGAAGAGUGAAGGCUGCAAUCAUAUGAAAUGUUCAAAGUGCAAAUACGAUUUCUGCUGGGUAUGCUUGGAAAGCUGGAAACGACAUAACUCGACAACUGGUGGCUAUUUCCGUUGCAACAGAUUUGAAGCCGUUCACAAAGCAGAUGAAAAACAGGGCGUACUCAUCAGUGAGGCUAUGGUUAGAAAUCAACAGACCACAGAGCUAAAUCGAUUCUUGCACUACUAUACGAGGUUUAGAAAUCAUGAGAACAGUCGUAGACUGGAAGAACCGCUUUUAACUGGAAUAGGUCUUAAAAUGGAAGCAUUGGCUUCAACUAGAUCCAAGAAAGGCGAUACAGAAUGUACAAAAUUUGUGGAAGAGGGUGUCCGGGAGUUAUUAAAAGCCAGGAGAAUCCUGUGUGGGUCCUAUGUGCAUGGAUACUACCUGGAAGAUAAUGGAUAUAGUCGCACGAUUUUCGAAUUUAUGCAGGCGUUGCAGAACGAGCUCGAAGAGGCAACAGAAAAACUAUCGGAGAUGGUGGCACGUCCCUACUUGCGCACUCCAAAGGGCGUGAUUGUGCAGACGACGGCACUAGCACGUCGCAAGCGGCACGAGUUCGCACGUGCCGUGUCCAAGGGACUUGUUCCACCCGAGACGCCUCCGGCACGCAAACGCAAUGCUACAGCAAACGCUAAUUACCGCGUGCUUGCGGCUGCUAUCGAUGCCAAUCAUCAAACGGUAACGGACGCCAUUACAGCAACUCUGAAAGAUUUGGAUGGAGAGGAGGAUGGGUGGGUGAAGGAUUCGCAAGGCAAACACAACAACCUCAGCGCUGCACUCUAUGGCAUUCAAGAUGUCGAUUCUGAGGAGGAAAGUGAGGUUAACCGUGCCCUAGCUGUGAGUGUACUAGGAGAGUGCGCAAAAGUUGGAUGUAGUCGACCGAGAGCGCAUGAUGCUCGCACCUCAACACUGCACGACUAUUGCAGUGCACGCUGUAGCAAAAUGGCCGCUGGACUAGAUUCUUAUCAAGUGAAUGUGACUUCUGAUUACAAUAUGGAUCUGGUGAUUGCUUUGGAGAUGUCUCGUCUUCAAAUGAUUGAGGAUGAAAUGAAACAGAAACAGAAAGUAGAAGGCGAUGGGACUGGACUAAAUUCUAAAAGUACGAACAACCCGAAUGAACCAACAGGCUCACGACGUGAUGAACUAUUAGCCUUGGCUAGCCAUAUACCAUUUCAAGAUCAGACAAUAUCGUCAAUAUCGGAGAGACCUCAAAUGCCUCUUCCUCAAGAUAUUGAUCUUGUGGAUGACAAUGGUGCUAUGCUGCAAUCUAUAUCCGGGGAGUCGAUUAACGAUCACCUCAGCAUAGAUAAACAACAUAAGUCGUUCAAGUUCGGAACGUCGUCUAGUCUGGGAAGUUAUCAGAAGUCUUCAGCGGAUCUAGCCGUUGAUUACUUCCUCAAGAGCCUUGCACGUAACAUGGACAUGGAUAAUGAGGAAGGCGCUUCCAAUUUAGAUCCAUCUAGUUCCCAAAGGUCUGCCUCAACUUGGGAAAAGAAGCGCUCCAUAGAUAAAGAUAAUAUGUGGAAGCCUUGUUGUGCUGUAGCUGAAGAUGGUCGAUUUGAAAUCAGUGAAAUUCACGAGACAGGCCUCUACAACGAUCCAAAUGAAUUUGAUGGCGAUGGUGACUCGAGGUCGCUGAAAAGGUCUCACUCGACUGGCGAUUUGGUCAUGAAAAGAGGACGUCUCGCUACUCGAGCCGAUGAGCCCCGGUAUCAUCUGGAUUCGGACCAUUCCAGUCAGCAUGAUGACCGUCCAGAAGACCUUUCGAGACGUAUCUUGGCUGUAUCAGGCACUAAUCGACACUCAUUGACCCUACAAAGCUCAGCCGGCUCCGGAUCCACCACCUGCUAUGGUGGGCAGAGUAGCCUCGAAGAUACCACAACUUCAGAUUCUUUGAAUGCUGAUUUGGAGGUGUGUGGCAUAUUGGGGAGUUCUACUGGCGAUGAAGACAUUAACUGCAAGUCUUCAAUGAGCAGCAUGCAGAACGUCAUUCAUCUAGCAACGUUGCCUAGGAACCUGGCCACCAUUGGCAAGAAGAAUGCCUUGGAUUUGGGAGAUGCAGAUAAUCGCCAAUCGUUGUCUGACGAUUUACUAACAAAUGUUAGUAGUGAGUCUUCGGAGCAGAUUGCGGGCAAUGACUCGGAAUCAUCCUCCUCUUCCGCCAUGCAUUUGAAGCCGAAUCCUGUCAUGUCUACAUCUAAAUCGUUGACAAACGUCUGUCUCCGAUCUAGAUUCGGAGAAGAACGGUCCAAGCAAAUCGCUGAUCAAAACAAUCACAUUCAAACAAAAUCAUCCCUCAAUUUUCAAAGAAUCAAGAAAGAUCUGUUGUCGGUGAAAAGGAAAGAAUCUCCUUCUCCUCCUUCACCCACACUUCACACCGCAUUCUACCAACCUUCCUGCUCGAAAUUCACUUUCGACGAACCACCGGAACCCCCCUCCUCACCCCCACAAUUCCAGGAUACAAUCAUCAUCAGUGCAGCUUCUCUUAUCAAUUCUGCAAGUAAUUCUCAUUCUUCUGCAGCUGAACCUUAUUCGAGCGAAGCUCCCUUGUCAACAACAGCAUUCAAUUAUAACUCACCAGUCACUGAGAUCAGUCCAAAAACUUCUCUACUGUCAAGGACCGCAAACUUCCAUCUAUCAGAAAACGAGUUCGACUUCCAUCACGCUGAUACUUGCAAGGUGAAAUCUGUGCAAAUGUCUGAUUUCUGUCAAUCUACAUCAUUCAAAUCUGGAGAAGCUUUUCCUCUCCUUGCUGCUAAAAAUGAUAUCCACCUCCAUAAUUCAAAUAGAAUUUCUCCAAUUCACAUGCAACAUGUUGGAAGCAAAUAUGCAUUUUCAACUGAUUUGGCUACUCCGUCACUCGCAAAUUCUGAGCCUUUCACUGCUAGCGAGAAAUUCCACUCAGCGAAGAAAACUUUAUCCAGUUAUCACUCGAAAACCAAGUCACACCAUCUUGGAGAAUCACCAGAUCAUGAUAUCAAAUCAUUCGUGAAUGAAAAGAAUUAUGAUUACAGCAGAUAUGAAACUGUAGCACCCCCAAGCUAUGUCAUCAACCCUCUCACUCUUUCUCCACCCAACUGUAAGUCGACAGAUUCAAAAAAGAACAGACUUUCUCAUGGGCACCAAUUCAAUGAAACUCAGUCUUCAAAUGGCAACGAGAGUGAUAUCACAGAUGUCGAAUCUUUGAACAUUAUAUCACCUGCUGGUAGUUGGAAUAAUAUAGAUGAUAGUAUUCCUAAAGAAUAUCGUAAGGACAUCGAGAUGAAUAAAAGUGGUCCAGAUCACACUGAAGAUGCAUCAAAUAGUAAAUUCGAAAAGAGUUCUUCACGCUUUAAUCAUAAUGUUAGUAGAGAUCAACUGAAAAAAUCGUCUUCGUCUAGAGAAAAUGUGUGUAAUAUCGAUAAAGGGAGCGAUAGAAAUGAAUUUUAUGAGCGAAACUCCUCGCGGUUUAGCCAGAAUAUUAGUAGAGACCAACUGAAGAAAUGUUCUUCAUCCAGAGAAAACGUGUGUAAUAACGAUAAAGGGAACGAUAAAUCUGAAGUGCAUGAGCGUCCUGGGAAAAGCCGUAAUUUGUUGAGAGCCUCUAGUUCAUCAAGCUUGUUAGUUUCCAAUAUUGGAGGUGUUUCUUCUAAAAGAAACGAUAGAAAAUCGGAUGGCUGUUUGAAAAUAAGUGCACCCACCUCAACAAUCUUCGACAAAUCUUGUGAUGGCACAAGGACGAUGUUCACUUCCAAAGAUCCAAGCUUCCGGUUGAAGCUACUGGAUACAAACAAUCCGAGGAAGGUGCCGCGAAGUUUUUUCAAACGAUCGUCAAUGCCGUCUGAAUAUAUGUCUGCGGCUAUUGCUAGCAGCUUGAAUGUGACCGACAACCGGCAGAGCAAGUCUGCAUUGACGUUGAAUGAGGCUGCUAGCAGUCGCCCCAUGCACAAACCCAAGUCAAAGGUGGGUCAUGGCCUACGCAUCACUAUUACAGGGGGAAAUAAAUACUCGGAUGACGAUGAUGAUCAUGAACAUCACUUUAAAGGCAAGUGUAAAAAGGUGAUGUGUUUGGAAACAGACAGUUCCAACGAGUAUGAAUCUGAAACUGGAAUACCGAAAUCACCCACACUGUUCAUAUCAGGGGUGUCAAUCUCUAGAACUCCCGAACCUAAAUCUCCAGCUUCGUGUGCGUUUGGACGUACGUCUCGGUCGUCGAGUCUUACAGCUCCUCCAUUGAGGGCUAAUCCGUUUGUGGCAUCUAGAAACAACUCUCAAUCUCUGACAGCUGCGCUGGGUUUGUCGUUCCGGAGACGUAUCAACCCAGCUCAUCCCCCCACACCUCAAGACAGAACUCUUAUAACCUCCUCAACACCUUCCGGCAUCUACUCCUCAUCUUUCUACUCUCAAGGCGUGUUUGAUGAUAGGAAGUUGUUGAAUAUUUCCUCGUACAAAACGAUUGACAAAAACGAGAUGAAUGGCGUUGGCAGUAAGGAUUUGUGUGAAAUCAACAACACUAUAUCGAUUUCAAGUACACCACCCUCUCCUCGCGACCUGCCCGCUAAUUUCCUUGCUCCUGUAGACACCUGCACACAAGGGAUUAAAACAACACCUUCCCCAAUCAUCUCAACUUGUUCUCUACCGCUGAGCAACAACGUCCCUGUAGUGGCUACCAGUGGAGGAGGAGGAGGAGGAGGUUUGGUGAAGUCGUCGACUGACGGUGCUCUGAGCUCCGUGCUUCAUGUGAGAGAAGGCAGUCUUGGUUCGGAUGAUUUCCAUGAGGCACUUUUUCUGUUGGAAAGAUCGCCGAAAGUUGGAAGCGGAAGACGCAAACGUACCAAGCAGCGAGCAGCUAAUACCGCAAAUACGGAGCAAAUGGAGGCCAGCUCUGCGCUGUAGUCCUCCACCCAAUAAAAUAUUGUCAAAACCACUUAUUCAUUGCAGAUAUUUUUAUUACAAAUCUAUAGUAAACGUCGGGCAGCAGUGUGUAUUCAUAAACGUUACACUGUUAUCAAUAGAAUUUGGACUGACAAGUCGAAUAUCUAGAUGCAAAAUAAUGAUCGAAUAUUUUCGUUUGGUGAAUCAUAAUCAUCAAUCUUCAGUAAAAUAAAGGCUCAAACAUUGAUCAGCAGUAUAUCGAAAAAGUUGUUUCAAUUGUAAGUUUACUACUAAUAAGAAAAUAAUUAUCAAUUCAGUUCCAUUAUUAACCAGUUUUUAAUUCAGUUUCAUAACUCAAAAAUCAAGCAGUAGAAAUUAAUAAAUUAGUUUGUGUAUUAUAUGAACCUAUAGUAAACCUAACUAGCUUAAGCAUCUAGCAGCAGUAUAUUAAUAAUUAUACAGUAUAAGCAGCCUUAUUAGGCCCGAACUACAACGGAAUAUCCGGUCGCGUUUCCAUCGCACUUCAUUUCUCGUUACAGAACGCAUAGCCUCGUAUGGGAAACGCUAUACUAUUGGAAUUCAGCUUGUAUAGUGUUCCACAUAAGAUACAAUGCAUCCUGUUAACGAGCAAACAUUUCCGACGCCUCUAUUCCGCUCGUAUAGAGAACCCCUUAUAAACUAGUUACAACUUGUUCACCAUUGCAAAACUGUAGAGUUUAACUGAAGGCUUAUACAUUGAGCAGCCGAAUUAUAAAUAUGUAUUAUAUAUUGUAAAUAGAGUCAUGUUUGCUACAUUAAUUUUUCAUGUUGGGCUCGAUGUUUCAGGAACCCAGUACACAAUCAUAUGUUAGUAAGAUCAUAUAAUAGUAGCAUAAUAGAUAUUUGAUCGUUUAUAGUCAUCAUAUAUUUUAUUUCUUUAAUAUGACUUUAAUAUAGAUUAGGGAAUCAAAUCUUUGAUAAAGAAUGAUCAAAUAUAUUUGUGACUAUUCAUUAUCAUAGAUAUUUGAUAUUUCAAAGUUAUCAAGUAUUCGAUUUUCUUAAAAUGGCUCAGCAGGGAAUCGAAUCUUUGAUAAAAAUCUUUGUGACUAUAAUACGAUCUAUAUUUGCAAUACUGAUCAUAUUUAUAAUACUGAAUGUAGUUGAUAGUCAUCAAAUAUUUGAUUUUCUUAAAAUGGCUCUAAUAGAGAAUCAAAUAUUUUAUAGAAGUAGGUCAAACUUUACGACUAUAAAUAUGAUCAUACAAAUGAAUGUGUAAUGUGGCUCUAAGCUUCUAGUUUAAUAGAGAUUGAUAAUGGUGUAUCGGUCGAAACUAGUUUAUUUUUUCAAUAAAUAAGUGGUUAAGACAAUUUCACGUUUUUUACUCAUCAUAGAUACCUACCACAAUAAAACCGUCACUACUACAGAAACAAAAAUUAAUUCCAACUUCACCAUUUUGAUUUUUCAUAUUAUACAGUAAUAUCAUAUGUGUACAGUUUAUGAUAAUAUUCAAUAUUAUUGCUAUUAUAUCUCUUGAAUGGAUCCGUUUUCAUUCUACUCCAAGUAUAAUUGACAGACUUGGAGUGAAAUACACGGAUAGAAUUCUAAUAAUAAACUUUGUAUAAAUGUACAUAGUGCCAAGUAAUUGAUUAUCAUCCUUUGCUGAUUCUAUUCAAGAUUUUUCAAACUAUGUUAAGUUAUGUAGAAACUUGACAAAUCAGGUUCUUAGCAUUUCUGUUAAAACUAUCUCUAUAAUCAAUGUAGUUGAGAAUUUUCUUAUUACGUUAUUGGUAGAUUUUGCUUGGAUACCAAUGCUUUCGAGUGAAUAAUGAUGAUCUCAUCCAAUAAUUUAGAUUGAAAAUGUUGAUCCGUUCACGAGAUUUAUUGAAAAAUCUGAAUGGUGGAUUAUAGAACAGCUAAGACAAAAUCAAAAUUUUUGAAAUGAUAAUUUUUGUUAAAUAGAGCAUUAUGUGGUGAUCAAACACUGUGUAAUUGUAUAGAUUGUAUUGAGUUCGAAUCCAAUUUAAGGUUUUACUUUUAUAAUAUAUCUCGUUCCUUACAUAUACUUUACUCCCAACUUGAUUGAAGAAGCAUUCAGUGGAGCUCCUUCUAGUUGUAUAGCUAAUGUGUUGAUAACAACAAGCAAUUAAUUUGUGUCUAUUAUCUGCAAAUAAUCAAACAGAAUUAGAAUAAGAUCUAUUUGAGAGCUAUAGCCUACCUAUCGUAUUUUUACACAUUUUUCCAUCUAUUUCAAUGGAAUAGUACUCAACAAGCAUGAACGCUUACUAUAGUGAGAGUCACUUGAGACUUUCAGUAUUGGUUUAGUGGAAAGCUUCAAUGUUAUUUAUACUGAAUACUGACAGUUUGAAGUGAAUCUCAAUAUAACUACAUGUCACCGUUGAGACUAUGUAAUUUGCCGUUUUAAUGAAAGUCUCGAGUUUUUUAUGACUUUUUACCGAAUACGUGUGAUGAGUAAUUACAAUCAAUUUGGCUGUUCGUUGAAAUAGGUGUUCCUAGAUGCAGGUCUUCUGCCUGCUGAAACUGCCAAUUUUUACCUAAGUAAUAACAGCGCAAGUAAAAACAGCGUAUCAGAGUGAUAAACUGCAAAAUGCACAUUAUUCCACAAUUGCUGUAUGCUUAGAAUCAUGUUCAACCGACAGUAUUAUUCAAUGACCAAUAUAUUUGCAUAGUUUUGAAUGAGAGAAAAUGUGUGUUCGUGUGAAUGGUAUUUAUUAUAAUAUAUAAGUAUGGCAACCUGUUCUAUCUAAAUUGAAUACUGUUAUAUAUCAUUCGAAUAAUCUAUAUGACAGCGUGUGUGUAUAUAUGGAGGAGUUUGUAGAUUAUUUUUUCCAUAUGCAUGGAAUGAAUUAUUGAUUUGAAUCAUGUUAAUCGAUUGAUUUUUAUCAUCGCGAAAUUUAUAUUUUUUAACUGUUCUUUCCCUAUCAAUGAUGACCAAAGAUAUUGGUAAUCUUUUGGCUGUGACAACUCUACUGAAAUUAUUUUCCAGAAGUGUGUUUUUCCUUUUCAAACCAAAGAUUUUAUAACCUGAUUUUUUAAUCCUGCAAUAAUCAUCACCGUUUUGUAUGGGCUGUUAGAGGAGAGAUAAUCUUCCGAAUUACGUUUAUAAAGAACAAAUAAAUUAGAGAUAUUUUUUAUAAUAUUAUUUCACUCGUGUUCGUUGAACACUGGUCUGACUUGCAAUAAGUAAAGAGAGCUAACUAACACCAAGGAUUAAUAGAACAUUGUUAUUCAAUAAGGUCUAUUGUUAAUCAACCUUCUUCGUGUUUUAUUUUUCAUGAAACUGUUGCAAUUAUAUCCUUUCUCUAUAAGUCGUCGCUAUUCUAAAUCUUUUCGCACUAUUAUAAUAUUUGAACAUAUCAAACUUCAAUCCCGUGUUUAAUUAUGGUAAUACUGAAAUAUUCUAAAGUACUUAAUUAUUGUAGAACUGAAUCAUUCUAAAGCUUAUGCUGAAAGCCACUUAUUAUAAAGAGUAAACACCAAUGGUGAAUUAAGUACAUGUAUUGUUAUUUGAUGUGGUUUAUCAUAUUGUAAAUUGAUGUGUUAUAAGGCAUUUUUUAUGAUUUUCGUUUCCAUUCUAUGGAGUCAAGUCGACUUGAUACUCCACUCACUGUGCAUAACACCAUAAAGACUUGAAUGUUACUCUGUGUUGUAUUUUAUUAUCUUGUAUACAUGUAGAUAUAUAUAUUUGAUUGUUGUGACCCAUUUACAAUUUCAACUUGUGCUUGAAAUCAUGCAAUGGUUCUGAUACGCCCACAUCCUAGAAUAGGAACAAAUAUUGCAAUGAAAAAACUGGACAAAAUAUCAGCUCCAUUUUUUUAAAUCACGUUGAAAUUGUGAUUAAAUCCGAUCAGUAGAUGAUUCAAUGUUGUAUCCAGUUGUAGUCAAUAUAUUGUUCUAAUGUUCGUCAUGUGUAACAUUCUUUAAGCCAGUAAAAAUGGUAAUAUUUGGAAAUUAUAUGUUUACGUUUGGAUAUGGCAGGUUCUACACUACAAAUAUAAUAAUUGUUGAUGGUAAAGGCCCAUAUCUCAAAUCAAUCGAGAGGAAUUAAACUCUUCUCGUAAUGAUCUCCCUCCUUUCUCUUAUAAUUUCGAUAUUUAUUUUAUCUUAGCAUUUGUAGCCGAGAAUGAAAAUCUCAGAAUAGCUAAUUUCGUUUAUUUUCAUGGACUCUUUAAAAUCAUUUAUUUUAGGGAUUGAAUUUUUUUCUUCAUGAUAAUAUUAUUCAAUAGAAACUGAACAUUUGUAUCUUUUCAUACAAUAUUUAUAAUGGAAAAGCUUUGCAGCAUACUACAACGCUUCACAGCUAAUUUUCUUCUCAAAUACUAACAAUAAAAACAUUCAGUACCUGAAAAGGUCUUAGAGGAGUCUGCAUAGAACUUGAUCAGCGCUAUAAUAAAAAUUGUAGUUUGAUCAGAUUGAAUAAAUUCUCGUCAUAUCUUUGCACUUACAAGGUUUUUGUUUUAUAGCAUUUUCUAUAAAAUGGAGGAUUUUUUCCAGUACGGUGAGGCCCGCCAUUGAAAAGCAAAAUGUUUAAUGGUGACUUUUCUCUCUGUCGUAAAACGUUUUAAUGUUCAUUGUUGGUCAUUAUUGUGAUGAACUCGUUAAUAGUGUAAGAGUUAUUGUUAAUAUUGUUUAUUAAUGUGAAUUAUUGUAGUCACUAUUAAAAUGGAAUAUUUCAACGUUUA